CUGCUGUAGUCCAUCUCGUCCUCUCUGCCCAUGUGGGAUGGUAAUAAAACCGUCGGAGUCAUGGUGCACGUUUCAUUCUAUACAUGGCGCGGUAGCGAGGUGGUUAGCCCCUGGGAUUAAGUCAGUCGUGUUAAUUUCUUGUGAGAUCGAUGUCUCUCUUUUUCUGGGUCAGUUGAUUUGGAGGCGAGUGAAUUCUGAACUACGAGCGGAUGCUUCAUGCGAGUGUGAGUGCGGUUGUUGUGUUUGAAGCACGAAUAAUGGCCAACUUAAAAUCACAAUGCAGUUGUGUAAGAGGACCUUCUGACUGUCUGAAUGGCCGUCAGAAAUUGCUCCCUCCUGCAUUGUGCUUAUAGGUCAGUUGCCAGAAACGAGAGGGUUCCAGUUGGGAGGAGCCAGCCGACAAGGCCGGUCACAUAAGAUAGCUUUGGAGUGGCCUCACUUCAGACGGCGCGGAGACGGAGCUGAAGGCAUGAGACGGAUUAAACGGUCUUGCUUGCCCUGGUGGGAUGUAGCAGCAGGUUAUAAUGUAUGACCAACACAGAAUAAGUACAACUCUAUAGCCAACGGGAUCCCGAGGACUUGAUUACAGUCGCUUCAAGCCUGAUAGUUUGUCCGUGCGGCUGCUCCCCCUCUCCCUUCUGCUCACGCCCGUGCAGUCGACUGGCAUUUCUUCUGACGACUCCCCGUCCCUCUCCUCGGGUGAAGAAGACCUGGUUCCACUGUGACCUCAGUCUACUUAGCCUCUCGCCUUCAUUUAGUUCCUGUCUACUCUCGGCAGUGGCACUUCCCUGGAUUUGCAUUAUUCUCUAUUAGGAAAACCAACACAAUUUACCAAGAUGAUUCCAAACGGUUAUCUGAUCUUUGAGGAUGAAAGUUUCCUGGAUUCUACCGUGGCCAAAAUGAAUGCUCUGAGAAAGAGUGGUCAGUUCUGUGAUGUUAGACUGCAGGUGUGCGGUCAUGAGCUGAUGGCUCACCGUGCUGUUCUGGCUUGCUGUAGUCCCUACCUGUUUGAAAUCUUCAACAGUGACAUCGAGCCUCACGGAGUCUCUCAUGUCACCUUUGAGGACCUGGACCCAGAGGCUGUGGAGAUCUUGCUCAACUAUGCCUACACUGCCCAAUUGAAGGCAGACAAGGAACGGGUCAAGGAAGUUUACUCUGCAGCCAAAAGGUUCAAAAUGGAGCGAGUCAAACAGAUUUGUGGUGACUACCUGCUGUCUAAAAUGGAUUCCCAGAAUGCCAUCUCCUUUCGAAAUUUUGCCAGCUCUAUGGGAGACGGCAGAGUUUUGGCCAAGGUGGAUUCCUUCAUCCAAGACCAUCUGCUGGAAGUGUCCGAACAAGAAGACUUCCUUAAACUUCCCCGCCUCAAGUUAGAAGUAAUGCUAGAAGACAACCUGACUCUGCCCAGCAAUGGCAAGCUCUACUCGAAGGUACUCAACUGGGUGCAGCGCAGUCUUUGGGAGAACGGAGACCAACUGGAACGACUGAUGGAGGAGGUGCAAACGCUGUACUACUCACCUGACCAUAAGCUGGUGGAUGGAGGGCUGGUGAUUGAAGGGCACAGUGAGGUGUUUGGUGGCGAGGAGGACCACCUUCAGUUUGUUCAGAAGAAACCCGUACGGGAGAGCACCCAGAGACAGAUGAGCUGCAGCUCCUCAGGAAGCCUGUCGCCCUCCAACCAAGCUGCAAAUGCCCCAAAGCAGACUGCCAGGAGAGAGUGGAAAUACAUCGCCUCCGAGAAGACCACAAACAACACCUACCUGUGUCUGGCUGUGCUGGACGGUGUGCUGUGUGUGAUCUUCCUGCACGGUCGCAGCAGCCCUCAGACAUCUCCCUCUGCCACACCCUGCCUGAUGAAGAGCCUCAGCUUCGAGGCCCAGCCCGAGGAGCUGGAAGAGCAUCCGCUCUCGCCCAUGCAUUACGCGCGCUCGGGGCUGGGCGCUGCAGCCCUGAAUGGAAGAGUCAUCGCAGCAGGAGGUUACAACAGAGAAGAAUGUCUGAGGACUGUGGAGUGUUACGACCCCAAGGAGGACCGCUGGACCUUCAUCGCACCCAUGCGGACUCCGAGGGCUCGAUUCCAGAUGGCUGUUCUCAUGGGUCAGCUGUACGUGAUCGGAGGCUCAAACGGACAUUCUGACGAGCUGAGUUGUGGGGAGACGUACGAUCCACACGCUGAUGAGUGGGCUCAAGUGCCAGAGCUGAGGACAAACCGCUGCAACGCAGGUGUCUGCUCCUUGAACAACAAACUGUACGUUGUGGGAGGGUCGGACCCCUGCGGGCAGAAGGGCCUGAAGAACUGUGACGCUUUUGACCCUGUGACCAAAACCUGGUCCAACUGUGCCUCCCUUAACAUCAGGAGGCACCAGGCAGCAGUGUGUGAGUUGGAUGGCUUCAUGUACGUGAUCGGAGGGGCAGAGUCGUGGAACUGCCUGAACACUGUGGAACGCUACAACCCCGACAACAACACCUGGACUCUGGUAGCCCCCAUGAACGUGGCUCGCAGGGGGGCCGCCGUUACCGUGCAUGCCGGCAAGCUGUUCGUCGUUGGCGGCUUCGACGGCUCCCACGCCCUGCGCUGUGUGGAGGUGUACGACCCCGCCCGCAACGAGUGGAGGAUGCUGGGCAGCAUGACGUCGUCGCGCAGCAACGCGGGCGUGGCCAUGCUGGGCGAGACCAUCUACGCCGUGGGCGGCUUCGACGGAAACGAGUUCCUGAACACGGUGGAGGUUUACAACCCGGAGACGGACGAGUGGAACGACUGCACCAUGUCCCUGUCCCCCCUCUCUGACUGAGGAGGGGGGGAGACACGGAGGAGGGAGAGAGAGCGAGGGGUUUUGUUGGGGGGGAGUUUUCACAGUGCUUCACCUUUUUCCAAACUAACAGGCUUAGUGACGUAAUCGUGUUUCGUGACGUUCUGUGUGUAUGUAUGAGCGGGUAUGUGCGGGUGGGGGACGAAGGGGAAGUCGGGGCGAGGGUCUUCAGUGAAGACUGGCUUGUAUUUGACGGGUGGGGAGGGGGGGAGGGUAGAGGGAGGGGUUGUUGCCUAAAGCAACUUGACGCCUUUGCAUAUUGCAUACAAUGUUUUCCGUGCUGUAUAUAUUUUGUUUCUUCCUCAUUUUUUUGUCAUAUGCCAACAUUUACUACACAUUUAGUGCUUUUCUUUUUCUCUUAGAGUUCAAAGGUUUGUCAUUUUCAGGGUUUUCAGAUGAACUUUCUACUAUUGGUCACUGACGAUGUGACACAGUAUGGAGUGGUGAUAGUUGACUGUUGGAAAGUUUCAACUUUAUUUAACAAUAUUCCUGUUGUGGAAAUGUAGUUUCUUGCUCGCAUAUUUCAAGGUCAGUGGUUUUCAAGCCUUACUCAAGAGUGUGAGUUGAUAAAACACCCGUCAUGGCUUUUUUUUUUUUUUUUUUUUUUGUCAUUUUAAUCAAGCUGGAUUGCUUUUUGAAUCUUAAAUGAUGGCCUUUUUUAUAUUUUUUAUACACUGCUGAUUUACCAGUAAAAAAAAAAAAUAAAAGUAGUAGCAAAACAGCUUGAGUCAUUGAAUCUAACCAGUGCCAGAUUUAGUUCACUUCUUGUGCACACACACACCACGCACAACCAUGCUUUGCUAACCAAACUUUUGUUAUCGUGAUUUAACUAAUUGAUGUUUGUAGAGAUGCAGUUUACUGAAGAUCCUUGUUUUUUUUUUUUUUCUUUCUUUCUUUCUCUCUUGUGUUUUAAAGUGUCAGGCAUUGGCAGAUUCUUCUGGAAGGAAUGUUAAAGAAAGAAAAUUAUCACAUUUGUAACAUUUCUUAAUUAAUAAAUCAUUUAAAUCUC